GAAAGCAUCAUUAAGAUGAAAUCUGAAUCUUCUCUCAUGGAAGACCUAAUCGCAUACCCAACUGAACUCUCCAAAAUAACUAGUAUCGACACAGAACAUGAAAGAAAAGAUAAGCUAUUGUCUAAUAAAAGUAAAGCCCAAACAAUACAGUUCCCUAUGGAAACUACUCCAACACCACCAUGUAUUUAA